AUGCCGGUGAUAUUCACGGCCCUCGCAUUCUGGGCUUCGGAGGAUUCUGAUAAGUUGUCGACCGUGAUAGGGACAUUGUUGAGUCGGCAAAGUAAAAGACUUAAACGGAUUGCAAAAUGCAAGAAACCGCACAAUAUCGGAGAAACUCUAGUUUUGCCAGCAGCUAUCGAUAUGGUUGAAGCAAUGUUUGGCGAAUCCUAUGCAAAACAAUUACAGCAAAUACCGCUUGCUGAUAACACAGUCGCUAGAAGAAUUGAUGACAUAUCUGAAGAUCUUUGUGAUCAGUUGGUUUCUCGACUACGUAACUGUAAAUUUGCUAUACAAGUUGAUGAGGGAGCUGACAUAAAUAAAAAUGCACAUUUAAUUGCAUAUGUCAGAUAUGCUGAAGAAAAAAAUAACAUAGAAUGGAUCAAUUGUGUUGGACUUUGUACAGACGGAGCACAGUCAAUGUCAGGAAAUAAAUCUGGUCUUCAAGCUCUUGUAAAAAACAGAGCACCAGAAAUUAUCUGGACGCACUGCAUGCUGCACAGAUCAGCACUUGUCUCAAAGAAUAUGAGUCCAGAACUGAACGAUAUUUUUGCGCAAAUUACAAAAGUUAUAAACUAUAAAACACAGUCCUUUAAGAGCUAA